GUCCUACUUUAUUUUUAACUAAAAUGCCACAAAUAAAAAGGACCGGUAUCAACUAAAAACUAAGCAACCGGAGUCGGCAGUCAAGGUCAAUUCCUCUUCCCCGCCGUGCGCGUGCAGAUGGAGAUCUGAGGAAGAAGAGAAGAGCUCAACUGCUGGUGCCUGGUGCUGACUGCUGACAGACGCAGCCGCCACCGCCCACCCACCCACAGCUUUGCUUUGCACGCGGUGAAGGAAAGAACCCAUCUCACCGUCUGCCUUUCUCAUCUCAGCUAAUUGGAAAGAGAACUUGUCAACCAAUAUCAGCAGCGGGGAUCAGGGAAGGAAGACGAAGGAGGGGAUUCGAAUCCGAUCCGGUCGAUUGCGGAGCUCGGGGCGAUUCAUGUCAAGAAGAUGCUGCAGCGGGCGGCGAGCAACGCCUACUCGUGGUGGUGGGCGAGCCACAUCCGGACCACCCAGUCCAAAUGGCUCGACGCAAACCUCCAGGAUAUGGAGAAUCGAGUCAAGAUCAUGCUCAAACUCCUCGGACAGGAAGCCGAUUCCUUUGGCAAGAGGGCCGAGAUGUACUACCACACCAGGCCAGAGGUGAUAAGCCAUGUGGAGCAAGUCUACAGGGCUUACAGAGCUCUCGUCGAACGCUAUGACCACAUAUCCAAGGAGCUCCAUAAGGCCAACCACACCAUCGCUACUGCUUGUCCAGAAGAGGUGCAGUAUGCAAUGUUAGAAGAGGAGGACCAUGAUUUCCCCAAAGCAAUCACACCAAUCAAGACACACAAGUCCUUGGUCCAAGAGAUUCUCAACGCAAAGAGACAAGGUCCGUCAGGGUCAGGAUGGAACAAGCCACCCUCCCAUCCACGCAUGAGCGCCGAGGAGGCACAAGAAGAGAUCGGCAGACUUCAGAAAUCUAUACUUGUUCUGCAAACCGAGAAAGAGUAUGUUAAGAGUUCCUAUGAGAGUGGUAUUGCUCGGUACCGGGAGAUCGAGAAGCAGAUUGCAGAUACACAGAAUGAAAUCUGCCUUAUUCAGGAUAGAUUUGAUGCACAUGCAGCCAUCGGCGAUGAUGAAGCCCGUGCCUUGAUGACAAUAACAGCUCUUAGAUCCUGUCAGGGAACCAUAGCUGAGCUUGUACGUCAUUUUGAGGAGUUGAUCAAGCUUGCAGCUGUGGAGUUGGAAAAAACAAAGUCUCUACGAGCACAGCUGUAUGCUAUGAUGGAUGGCGACACUGACACAUGUUCAAGAGAGGCAAGCAGCACAGACACGUCGGUGGUGGCAAGAUCUUACCCAGUUACCAAGGCAAUACUUGAGUUGCAGCCCAUAUAUGAGAAACUUGACAAGUUUUUUUCCAGUGGGUCUGAAUCCUCUGCGGAGGAGAUCGCAGAGAAUGUUGAUGAACUUGUUGAUAAAGUCAUCAACUUGGAGCUCAAGUUCCCAAAACAGACAGCACAGAUCAAUCAACUCAUACAAGAGAAUGAAAACCUAAAGAAUAAAUUGGAUGAGUUACAAGACGAGAUGGCACUUCGUGAUGACCAAAGUGAAUUAAAUGAACAGAUCAAGCAAUUAGAGGAUGAGUUUAGCACAGUCCGAGUUCUUGAAAGAUCAAUUCUUGAGGAAGAAGCCUCUGUCAGCACAGGCUUUUCUGAAGUUUUUAGCUGCAUAAUUAAUAUCUCAAAGGCACUUGGAUCUUUUGGCCCUGAAGACCUGCAUAAUUUGUCAGCUGCGGUAGAGGAUGGUGCAAUGGUUCCAAGAGACGUGUUCCUGGAGCAGUCUGCAGAAGAGAGCAAGGGUGGGGACUUCAGAGACAUAGAGGCACCAACUCUAAGGCAUAGUUUGGGCCAAGAUAGAGAAGAUGUCUCGGAAGUGGUUAGUGAUAAUGGUAAUGAUGGCAUCCAUGGCUCAAGGAAUGCUAAUGAGGAAAUAAUCCCUGGGAGUUGCUUAAUGCAACAAGUUAGGUACAAAUUGCGUCUACAUUUUGAUGACCAUAUUGAUCCGCUUUUCAGUUCAGAAAAUGAAAACAUAGUUCACGAUUCAGGUGAGGGCAAUGUUGAUAGCUCAUCAGGAAAAGUAUUUCAGAGUUCAUCAGAAACUGAGAACGGAAGUAGAAACUUCCCUAAUGGUGAAAUUAUGAGAGGUGAAUAUCCAUUGGGAAUAGUCGGACAGACUCAUCUCCUCCACUCAGGUAGUAUGGAUCAUUUAGACAGGAAAUAUGACUCUAAUGAAGCUUCUCAGUCAUUAAUGGAAGUCGCUGAGGGAAAUAUUGAUGAUGGAAAUUCUUUUUCCAGCAGUAGUGUAAUCCAGGAGGAAGGACUUGGAGAUAGUAAAUCACAAAAUACCAGUGGGCAGAUUAGUCCAAUUGCUUCCUCAGACUUGUACAGGUUAAAGGAAUACGAUUCCGUAGAAGAAUCCUCAUUUCCAAAAGCUACUUGUUUCAGUGGUGCUGAUAAGAAGAGCCUGCACAUGGGGCAUGCAGAUGAAGCAAAAUCUGUUGAAGAAUCGCCACACCAAGUUGAUCAACUAAAUGGGCCACAAAAUAUUGAAAGUUCGAACGAAUGCAACCAAGUUGGAUUGCUUAAAGAGGAUGAUUGCAUUUCAUUAGUUCAUGUUGAUAAUGUCCAUGAUAUGAAGAACAUAUAUUCCUCAGAAGUGAGGGAUGAAACUUCUAUCUGUGCGCCAGCUGGAGAUUAUGAGCAAGUUCCGACGAAUUCAGAGAGGAAGACUUCACAUGGCAGAGAGCUUGCAAGCGAAGCAACUACCUCGAACAACCAUGGAGGAAGGAGUCAGGGUGUAAAGUCUGGUUUGAUGGGGGAGGACUUUGUACCUAGCUGGCAAGAAUUUCUUCCUGAUGGGCUUGAAGGUAAAGAAGCAAUACUACUAGCUGAUUGUACUUCAGUUCUGCGGAACUACAAAGAAACAAAGAGGAGGCUUAGCGAACUGGAAAGGAGAAACCAGGAGCAUCUUGAAGAGACAAAGGCAGUUAUACGGGAGUUAAGGAAUGCAAAUUCCAUGAAGUAUGUUGAGAUACGGUCACUAAGGGAUCUCCUGGAUUCCUCAGAGGUGCCUCCAAGUAAAGCAGGUGGUAACUCAAACGGAUUCUUAAGUUUGAGAUCUUUUAGAGAAAUUGACAGAUCAAUUGCCACUUUGGGUAGAGAUAUUUCUGCCGUGGAGGAAAACAGUUCUAGUAACAUCGAGACACCUAACAACACGUCACUUCAUAAAAUGACGAGGUUCAGAAACGACAUUGACGCUUUGGUGGAGGAAAAUUUGCAGUUCCUGGUAAGGUAUAGCAUGGCUUGCUAUCGCAUGCAGGAGUUUGACAGAAGGUACCAGGAGGCACAGGACGAAAUGGAAGAUAAUAAGUCUAGAGAACCAGAUACUCCAGCAGAGCCCGGACCUGCUGAGAAGAAGUUGAGAGAGCUCCGAACUGAACUGGAUGUAUGGUUUGAGCAGAGCGCGCUUCUCGAUCAAGAAGUGCAGCUUAAAUCUGCGUCUCUUUGCAGAAUGCAAGAGGAGAUAGCGGAAGCCCUGCGUGGUAGCCUGGAGAUGGACAGAGCCAGGUUUACACCAUAUGAAGCUGCCAAGUUUCAAGGCGAGGUCCUAAACAUGCAGCAAUCUACCAGCAAGAUUGAGGGCGAGAUGCAGGCAGCAUCAGAACACAUGAGGGGGCUUCAAGCCAAAGUUAGCCAUGCUCUGGAGGGGCUACGUGAGAGUUUUGAGAUUUCAUCCCAACGCUUGUCGCGGCCAGAGACCGAAAGAAGCCACGAGAAACAAUUCAAGCAUUUUCCAAGUCGGACAAGGGUACCGUUGCGAAACUUCCUGUUUGGAACAAAGCGAAAGAAAAAAUCAAUAUUUGCGUGCAUCAAUCCCACAUUCCAGAAACAAUUCAGCGAUCUGUGAGGUGCGUGAGCGUGGGUACCAUGACCAUAGUUUUCCUUAUUUUGAAAAAAAUGACAAAAUGAACCUGGGGUAGUUUUGUUCCCCAGAGUACAUGCAAGCGCAGGUUUUGUUUGAAUUUAGCUUGUGUUUGUUUGUAAUGGUAAUUUGUUCAUUUGAUUGAAAUAAACAGGGUAAAUUAUUUGAUACCGUUGAAAUGUACUGUGUGUUGCCCCUGUUGUAUUGGGCCUUGACA